UGGGAGGGUGGCAUGCUCCAACUCCACAGGGACAGAAGCUCCUACUCUGGAGACCCUUCUGCACCUUGCUCUAGGUACUUCUUCAUCUGGCUGCUCAUUCGUAUCCUUUAUAAUAAAGAAGUAAUUGUAAGUAAAACAGAAAGCAAAGAUGCUUUUUACUUUGCUGGGAUGUUUCGCAUCACCAACAUUGAGUUUCUUCCUGCAUACCGACAAAAGGAGUCCAGGGAGUUUCUUUCAGUGGCACGGACUGUGCAGCAAGUGAUAAACCUGGUUUAUACAACAUCUGCCUUCUCCAAAUUUUAUGAGCAGUCUGUUGUUGCAGAUGUCAGCAACAACAAAGGCGGCCUCCUUGUCCACUUUUGGAUUGUUUUUGUCAUGCCACGUGCCAAAGGCCACAUCUUCUGUGAAGACUGUGUGGCCGCCAUCUUGAAGGACUCCAUCCAGACAAGCGUCAUAAACCGGACCUCUGUGGGGAGCUUGCAGGGUCUGGCUGUGGACAUGGACUCUGUGGUACUAAAUGACAAAGGCUGCUCUCAGUACUUCUAUGCAGAGCAUCUGUCUCUCCACUACCCGCUGGAGAUUUCUGCAACCUCAGGGAGGCUGAUGUGUCACUUCAAGCUGGUGGCCAUAGUAGGCUACCUGAUUCGUCUCUCAAUCAAGUCCAUCCAAAUCGAAGCCGACAACUGUGUCACUGACUCCCUGACCAUUUACGACUCCCUUUUGCCCAUCCGGAGCAGCAUCUUGUACAGAAUUUGUGAACCCACAAGAACAUUAAUGUCAUUUGUUUCUACAAAUAAUCUCAUGUUGGUGACAUUUAAGUCUCCUCAUAUACGGAGGCUGUCAGGAAUCCGGGCAUAUUUUGAGGUCAUUCCAGAACAAAAGUGUGGAAACACAGUGUUGGUCAAAGACACCACUGGCUUUGAAGGGAAAAUUUCAAGCCCAUAUUACCCGAGCUACUAUCCUCCAAAAUGCAAGUGUACCUGGAAAUUUCAGACUUCUCUAUCAACUCUUGGCAUAGCACUGAAAUUCUAUAACUAUUCAAUAACCAAGAAGAGUAUGAAAGGCUGUGAGCAUGGAUGGUGGGAAAUUAAUGAGCACAUGUACUGUGGCUCCUACAUGGAUCAUCAGACAAUUUUUCGAGUGCCCAGCCCUCUGGUUCACAUUCAGCUCCAGUGCAGUUCAAGGCUUUCAGACAAGCCACUUUUGGUAGAAUAUGGCAGUUACAACAUCAGUCAACCCUGCCCUGUUGGAUCUUUUAGAUGCUCCUCCGGUUUAUGUGUCCCUCAGGCCCAGCGUUGUGAUGGAGUAAAUGACUGCUUUGAUGAAAGUGAUGAACUGUUUUGUGUGAGCCCUCAACCUGCCUGCAAUACCAGCUCCUUCAGGCAGCAUGGCCCUCUCAUCUGUGAUGGCUUCAGGGACUGUGAGAAUGGCCGGGAUGAGCAAAACUGCACUCAAAGUAUUCCUUGCAACAACAGAACUUUUAAGUGUGGCAAUGAUAUUUGCUUUAGGAAACAAAAUGCAAAAUGUGAUGGGACAGUGGAUUGUCCAGAUGGAAGUGAUGAAGAAGGCUGCACCUGCAGCAGGAGUUCCUCCACCCUUCACCGCAUCAUCGGAGGCACAGACACCCUGGAGGGGGGUUGGCCGUGGCAGGUCAGCCUCCACUUUGUUGGAUCUGCCUACUGUGGUGCCUCGGUCAUCUCCAGGGAGUGGCUUCUUUCUGCAGCCCACUGCUUUCAUGGAAACAGGCUGUCGGAUCCCACACCAUGGACUGCACACCUUGGGAUGUAUGUUCAGGGGAAUGCCAAGUUUGUCUCCCCGGUGAGAAGAAUUGUGGUCCAUGAGUACUAUAACAGUCAGACUUUUGAUUAUGAUAUUGCUUUGCUACAGCUCAGUAUUGCCUGGCCUGAGACCCUGAAACAGCUCAUUCAGCCAAUAUGCAUUCCUCCUGCUGGCCAGCGAGUUCGCAGUGGGGAAAAGUGCUGGGUAACUGGCUGGGGGCAAAGACACGAAGCAGAUAAUAAAGGCUCCCUUGUUCUGCAACAAGCGGAGGUAGAGCUCAUUGAUCAAACCCUCUGUGUUUCCACCUACGGGAUCAUCACUUCUCGGAUGCUCUGUGCAGGCAUAAUGUCAGGCAAGAGAGAUGCCUGCAAAGGAGAUUCGGGUGGACCUUUAUCUUGUCGAAGAAAAAGUGAUGGAAAAUGGAUUUUGACUGGCAUUGUUAGCUGGGGACAUGGAUGUGGACGACCAAAGUUUCCUGGUGUUUACACAAGAGUGUCAAACUUUGUUCCCUGGAUUCAUAAAUAUGUCCCUUUUCUUUUGUAAUUGUACCAGUUGUAUUUUUACUGCGAUGUACGUUAAAAAUAGAUACUUUAAAAUGAUGCAGUAAUUGGCUGGGUGCGCUGGCUCACACCUGCAAUCCCAGCACUUUAGGAGGCCGAGGCGGGCAGAUCACAAGGUCAGGAGAUCAAGACCAUCCUGGUUAACAUGGUGAAACCCUGUCUCUACU